CGCUCUUUUCUUCUCACUCCCAAAAACGAACGAACAAGAUUGAGCCUUUUAUUUUGGGAUGUCCAAACAAGAUGUCCGCCAUCGUAUAUCGCUUUCGGGCUAAAACUAUCCUGAUUUGGAACGUUUCAUUGCCUCGGGUCUCUUUCUUAUUUUUGUACGGUAGUAUCGUUGUUUCGAAACAAUUUCGCGUGAGUGGACGCCUCCAGUUGAGUUAGCAACAAUCAGUUUGCAAAAGAAUAGGAGAAAAUCAGGCUACUUGAAAAAAAUUUUGCCACGUUGACCCUACAUUGCGCCAUAGAGGAUCCCAAGAAGAGUGAACAAAUAGUGCCAAGAAUACAGGAUGUCAUCCAACCUGGUAAAAGACCCAGACACUUCGUCCAGUAGAACCGAACGAAAUGAAACACCAGCCACAUUACAAGAAGAGACUCUGCAAACUAAUGCGCCAAAUGAAACCACUUCAUCAGCUGAUGUAAUGCCAUUUUCCCAAGAGCACAAAAUGUCGUCCUCUGUGGCUGACGAUUCUGGGAGCAUUGCUACGACUAUUAGCCAAAACACACCAGGGCGCAGUACCGAAGAGAACGUAUCCAGUAGAGCCGAACAAGAGGAAAGAGCCGUUGCAUCGGGAGGAGAGGCACCGCUGACUAAUGCACCAAUUGAUGGAGGAAGAGAACCGGUGCGCGAAGGAAGUAAGCUUUUCCGCGUUAAAACUGGAAUUAGCGUUGGCCAAUAUCGGUGUCUUCCCGAAUAUCCUCAGGAAAAACAGAAAAAAAAGAAGAAGAGAGAUUUCUAUAAGGGUUUCUACAACUGCGAUAUUCCAGUUGCCAUCGUAAAGACACUCAUACCUAUAGAUAGUGACCCAACUGAACUGCAAAAAGAAGGGAAGAAGAAAGAAAAGAUUAAAAACGCGAGGAAAGAGAGUGAACGAGAGUUUCGAAUACUGAAAGAGCUGGAGGUCCAUGAAAAUUUCAUACGCUAUUUUGGUCGCGAGGUGGAUCAGAAACAGGAAUUCGUGUACCUUGCAACAGAACUCUGUCUGUGUUCCGUGGAAGAUCUUUUAGAUCCAGCUCUCGAAAAGGAAAUUUCGAUGAAAAAAGAAAUUUUGGAUGAGUUGCAAGCGAAAGAAAUCCUGCGCCAGGCAACAAGAGGGCUCAAUUACUUACACCAGAACAACUUUAUCCACCGCAACAUCAAGCCCAAUAACUUUCUAAUUCAGGAAGUCAAUAAGACAGGCGGCAGCUCUUGCCGAUUUGUGGUUAAAAUAACUGACUUUCGUCUGACCAGGAAACGUGAUCCUUCUACAAGAGAAUAUCUAUCAGGAUCUGCUGCAUCACAAGGAUGGGAGGCACCGGAAAGCAGAGACCAGAAAAAGGAGCUCAGUACAAAAUUGGAUGUCUUUAUUCUCGGUUGUUUCUAUCACUAUGUCAUGAUUGCACUGUCGAAGAAAGUCAACAAAGGAAAGCCUAGACAUCCAUUCGGAGACAGUGAACUUCUGCGUCCGGAAAACAUUACCAACACAAAUUAUUCCGUCUAUGAAGGGAAACUUCCAUUCGUUCCCAAUAGCAAGAACGAGGGCGAGAAACAAGUGGCAAAGCUUAUCACGUCUAUGUUGAAGUUCAACGAGGACGACCGUCCAACAUUACAACAAGUUCUUGAAAAUAAAUAUUUCAAACCUACCGAAAAUUACAAGAUAUAUGAUCAUGUUAAAACCGGCCUUUGUGUUAUCUUCAACCAGCAAGAGUUUGAAAAUCCAAAAGAGGUUCGCGAAGGAAGUGAGAUGGACCGAGAUAUGCUAAUGAAUACCUUUCAUAAACUGGGUUUCGAAAUCGAAAAAAAAGAAAGUCUAGAUUCGUUUGAGUUGAAAUCUGAAAUCAACAAUCUGGCCGAAAGAGAUUUUAAGGAUUAUGGUUGCCUCGUGGUCUGCCUUUUGUCUCAUGGAAUUGAGAACGCAAUCCAAUGCUACGAUCGUAGAUGCGUUAACACAAAUGAACUUAAGUACGAGUUCUCUUUGGAUAAUUGCCCCAGCCUCUAUGGCAAACCGAAAAUCUUCAUCGUUCAGGCUUGUCAGGGAAGCCUGAGUCAGAGUGAAACGGGAAUAGUUGCUCCACCCGCCAAUCCAGCAUCCUUCUUUUCAAAGUUGAUACUUGCUCCUGUUAUACUCUACCAGCAUUUUACCGGUGGUUUGGAAUCAUCACCUUCCACAGUUCAAUUGAGAAACAAGGACGUAAAGCAUACCUAUAGCGCAGAACAGUUGAAAGAGAUGAAAAUUUUGGACGACGCUCGCAGGAAUCCUCCGCUUAUGGAUUUCAUAACAAUCAAGGCAACUCUACCUGGUUUCCUAUGCUACCGAAAUAAAAAAAAGGGUAGCCGUUUCAUUCGAAGUCUCUGUAAGGCUUUGUCUCAAGAAUAUUUGGAUAAAAUACCGGAUGAAGGUACACAACACCUGGAAGACUUAUUAAGAUGUGUCCAGGUUGAAAUCAACGCAUAUUCAGAGAAAUUGGAAAAAAAUUCAAAUAUACAGAAGAAAAACUACUGGCAAACUAUGACAUGGGAAGUAUGCCUGAGCAAACACAUUCGAUUUCGCAAAGGUGUAACCGAAGGCAAAGACGUUGAAUUGCGUUGAAUUGAUAGAAGGGCAACUCCGUUAUAUCCUAAAGCCGUAGUUUGCUUGACUUGAAGGUUGGCAUAAAUAUACCCAAUACUAAUUGAUGGGAGAUCCGAAUUGUUCUUGAUGAACUGUAGUCUAAACGUGUUGCAAGUGUUCCAUAGUUUUUCGAUUAAUCUCUUGUUAGUUGUUUAUUAGAAUUAGUUGUUGUCAAUACACUGCACACCUUGAA